GCAUGGGAAGCUUUGUUAUCACAAUAGAACCCUUGCUACAUAACAUAACCGUGCUGCCUCAACGGUUUGCGUCGACUUGUCUUCCGUUUUUGUUUUCACCUGCGGCGACUGCGCCGAACGUGUCUCUGAACUUUUGAAAAACUAGCAAAAAUGCCGAAGAAGUCGACGAAGUCUAAAUCAAAGCGUAUGACGCUCAAGCAAAAGUAUAAAAUCCUAAAGAAGGUCAGGGAGCACCACCGCAAGGCGCGCAAGGCGGAGAAGAAGAACCCGAAGACCGCCGCUCAGAAGAAACGGUCUCUCAUCAAGAAGGACCCUGGCCUGCCGGCGCAAUGGCCCUACAAAGACGAGCUGGUGAAGGAGUUUCAGUUCCUGCGUGCCAAGGCACUUGCUGAGGAAAAGCAGAAGAAGGAUGAGCGUCGGCUCUCGCGGCAGGCUGCCGACGUGGCGGCUAUGGACGCGGACGGCGGCGACGCGGGCCAGAUCAGCGCUCUGGCGGCGCUGGCCAACCGCAAGGAGGCGGACUUCGAGACACGCAAGCGCGCGCGCCUCACACAGGAGUUCACCAGCGAUGCGGACAACAGCCGCAAGGCCUUCUACAAGGAGUUCCGCCGCGUGGUGGAGCUGUCGGACGUCAUCAUCCAGGUGCUGGACGCGCGCGACCCGCUGGCCUGUCGUUGCCCUGACGUGGAGCGCUACAUCCGCUCCACCAACCCCAACAAGAAGAUCAUCCUGCUGCUCAACAAGAUGGACCUUGUGCCCCGCGAGGUGGGCGAGCGCUGGCUCAAGUACUUCCGCGAGGAGCUGCCGGCGGUGGCCUUCAAGUGCUCCACGCAGCAGCAGGCGGGCGGGCUGGGGCAGCGCCGCAUGCCGCGGGGGGCCGGCAAGGGCGGCGCGCCCGGGGGCGGCAGCCUGGGCGGCGGCGGCAGCGUGGCGGGCUCGGCGGACGACAACAGCUUCGGCGCCAGCGCCACCUGCCUGGGGGCGGACACGCUGCUGCAGCUGCUCAAGAACUACACGCGCAACCUGGGCAUCAAGACCGCCAUCACGGUGGGGGUUGUGGGUCUGCCCAAUGUGGGCAAGUCGUCGCUCAUCAACUCGCUCAAGAGGCAGCGCGUGGCGCAGGUGGGCAACACGCCCGGUGUGACCAAGAGUGUGCAGGAGGUGGUGUUGGACAAGCACAUCAAGCUGCUGGACUCGCCAGGUGUGGUGUUCGCGGACGCGGAGAGCGACGCGGCGGCGGCGCUGAGGAACGCAAUCAAGGUUGAGCGGCUGUCCGACCCCAUCAGCCCUGUGUCGGAGAUCCUGAAGCGGGUGCCGGCCAAGCAGCUUAUGGUGCUGUACAAGAUCUCGUCCUUCUCCGCCCCCGAGGAGUUCCUGCAGCUGGUGUCGCUGGCGCGCGGCAAGCUGCGGCGCGGAGGCACGCCGGACGCGGCGGCGGCGGCACGUAUCGUGCUGCAGGACUGGAACGACGGCCGCAUCCCCUACUACACGCUGCCGCCGGAGCGGCCCAAGUCGGGGCUGGAGGAGGCUGUCAUUGUGUCCAGCUAUGCGCAGGAGUUCAACGCUGACGAGGUGUUUGCCAACGAGCGCUCGGCUGUGAUCGCGCAUCUGCCCAGUGCGGCGGAGGAGGCGGACCGCGACGGCGGCCGCGCCUUCUUCGAGGCGCCCAGUGUGGGGGCGGCCAAGGCGGACCUGGCGGCAAUGGAGGAGGACGACGAGGAGGAGGAGGGGCCGGCGGGCAUGGACGCGGACGACGACGAGGACGGCAUGCUGGCGGCGGCGGCGGCGGCGCUGCGGCGGCGCGAGGCCGCCAAGGCCAGCGGCGCCGCCGGCCAGGCCGCCACCCUGUACGACGAGGAGGGGCAGUUCAACCCGCACGCGGCACGCACGGAGCGGAAAAAGCUCAAAAAGGCACGGCUAAGCGGCGAGGAGGCGCCGGCGCCGGCGCCGCCAGGGGCCAAGGCCGACGGCAAGGGCGGCAAGAAGAAGCCGCAUGCGUACGGCGGCGACAGCGAUGAUGAGGAGGGGGAUUUUGACUUUGACGCGAUGAACCAGGCGGAGGCGGCGGCGAUGGCGGCGGACGGCAGCGGCAGCGAGGAGGAGGAGAGCGGCAGUGAGGAGGAGGGGGAGGGGGAGAGCGGGGACGACGAGGAGGAGGAGGAUGGCAUGGAUGACGAGUGAUUGGGCUGUGCAGGGAGGGAGGGGAGAAUAUGUGUGGGGGGAGGGGGGAGCGUGAAGGUUGUUACCAGUAGUCGCCGGCGCGCCCGCCGGCACGCGCAGAAGCGCGGCAGGUGGGGUGUUAUUAGUGCGCUUGUGGAACGGCCGCGUGAGCACGGGUGGCGCGCGUGACCGUUACCGUGGCGGAAAGUAGCUAUGAAACCCAGGUUGCUGGGUUAGUGAUUAGGAUGGAAGCGGGAGUAGUCGCGCACUGUGCGGGAGUGGGUUGGAUGAGACGGAUGCGGGCUCCCACGUUAAGAGUAGUGUUAGACACUGCCGCUUGUUUGUUGUAGCUGCAGAAUGCUAUGCUGUUGUUAGGUCGGUUCACGGAUACGGAUAAGCUGAGGUGCUUCGUGAAGUUUUGAGGCUUGACGGGGCUCUGGCGGGUCGGGUCGCUCCGUUGCCGCAGCGUGUGCCUGGCCCGCCUGUCGUGCGGCCGGGGGGGGGAGCGGAGACGCGAGCAGCGCCCCGUCCGCGGAUGGCGUUGAGGCGCUUGCGGCGCUUGCGGCCAUGGUGCCAAACAUGUCGCAAGGGAUGUAAGCGACGAGGAAU